AUGUCUGUUGAUAUCAACAACUUUGAUCCAACACGCGUAUUAGUCGGCAUUCCUUAUCUCAAUACUGUCUUUCAUUUUAUCGUGAGUAAUGAUGGAGCCAAACUGACACUGUCCAGCCAAGCAGAUAAUGGAAAUGGUGUUGGCUUUGGCAAAGGUGUUGCUUGGCUAGGAUCUGAUCAAGCUGCUAUUCUUGCCAAUAAAUACAAGUCCACAUUUUCAAGUUGGUUAUCUUCACAAAUUUGGCUCUACACUCAACUGCCUACAAUGGGUCUUGACACAGCGCCAACAGCCAUUAUACCUAACAGUCAACAGCCUUUGCCUUUGGCUAUCGAUAGUCAAUUUCUCAACAUAGUCUCCACUCCAAACUCAUUAGCUGUCUUAGACGUAGCUGGUGGAAUUCUUCUUAUAUUAUCUACAGCACCUGGUUUCUAUGCUUCAACGGAUACGAGUCUUUCGUCAGAACCUAUUUCAAUACCUGUCAUUAGUACAGAGCAGAAAUGUCCUGCAGGAACAAUGAAGAAUGAUAUGGGAAUUCAUCCGUGCUCUCUUUGUUCUUCAGGCUCGAGAAGUUCAACUGGUAGCACGAACUGUACAGCAUGUGCUUCAUCCGCAUUCUGUCCUCUUGGUGCUGUGGCCGAAAUGCCCCAGAGCGAAUUGGAGACGGUAUCGCAAGCAUAUGCCUACCCGAAAUCUCCUGACACGACUGUAUUCGAUGAUAUUCUCUUGUCAAAUGUGUUUCAAAUUAGCUCGACUAGACACUGUAUUGUGGUAUCACCUUUAUUCUGGACUCUCAUCGCUCUGAUUCCAAUAUUGUCUCUCGGUUGCAUUGUAACAAUUCUCCAGGUCUGCGUUCAAAAGUGGCGUCGCUCUGUACACAUCAAGAAUUUAAAAAAGAUUUUCAAGGGAACCGAUUUCAUAGUAAGUUAUUAUGAUUUUUUGAAAGUUUUGAUAAUAAGAACUGAAGUGCAUAAGUAAAAAAAGAUGCCUUCCCCCGUUCUCAAUCCCGCUAUAGAGAUUCUAACAAACAUAUGGACAUCCUAUGUAGAACUUUUGAAAAGCAAUAUAUUUUGUUUCAAUAUCUAUACGACUUUGAUCAGUCCACAUUACUCCUUCAGGAAAUCAUGAACUGACAAUGCUAUUCGUUAUUGAUGUCAUAGCUACCACCACUAACUUGUCGCCCUAGUUAUCAGUAGAUAUAUGACGUGCAUGCUGUUGGCUAAUAUGACUUUCCACUUCACUUACUCUUUCUUUCCUCCCUUAUGGUCUUUUUCAAUGCAGCAGAGGCGCUUUGCUUCUUCACAUAAUUGUGACUUUGUCUUUGAUCAUCAUGUUUUUUUUCUCUUCAUCUUGAUUAUCAGUCUAUUUCUUCGAUUGAGAUAUUCAAGAAAGAUCAAUAGAUUCAUUUUCUAUGCGUGAUUGCUCGUUCUUCCAUGAUAUGUUUGCAAUUAGUUCGCCAAGACUGGAGAGGAUACCUUCGUAAUAAGAUUCAUGAACUGGUGGUUAUUCAAUUAAUUGGAUGUUUCUUUUUAACUGGCCUGUUUUACUACUAGUUCUUAAUAUUCCCUGGGCCUACUAAAAAUUUUCUUUCAGUCACAGAGAAAAGUUGCGAAUGAAGGAUUUCGAUAGCAGUUAGUUUCCGCAUGUAGGCUGUGUUCUUCAAACUUGUUUAAGCUUGUUAGUUUUAUCGUAUGAAUGAACAGAAUAGAUAUUCUAUCUUUUCCUGAAAAUAAUUAAAGUUAAGUUAACUUUCGAAGGAAAUUUCUAAUUUAAUUUGGUGGAAUGAAAACGAUCAGUACAAGCUUAUAUCAAACUAGGAUCAGCUGAUCAUUCUGUUAGACUUUCAAAAAUCACGCAGUAGAGAUUUAUUGCAAAAAUAUUUCUCUCUAAAGAACUAUCACAUUCUUUUCUUGCAAAUUUAACGAAAUGUCCCGUAAUGCUAGAGAUCAAAAGGAAGAAAAGAAAAUCUCGAUUCAACAUGAUCCAUGUUGUAUUCAGUUCUGAUAGUGUAAACUAUUAACUCUAUUUUUCCAAGUGAUGUGUAUCUCAGCCAAAGGAUACUAUUCUUGCGUUUCUGUCAGUCUCUUUCUAAGAAAAAUACGUUUUCAGAGUUGCACAUUUUGUUUCGUAUAUUGGUUAGAAACUUUUCAGUUCUAUAGAGAUUGAAGAAGCAAGAAUAUAAAGAGAAGUAGUUCUAAAAUUGUAAUGAAAACAUUGAUAUUUUCUUGUACUCAAUUUUUAAGCAGCAAACAUAUGAUCUCAACUAAUUGGUUAGCAUCGCAGCAAUUGUUUUUCACAGGUGAAUGAAAACGAAAGUAAAAAAUCGGAGUAUAAAUGAAGCCCCUAUAUCGUCAAUAUGAUUUAGAGGAAUAGGCUGAAAGCAUAUAAAACUAUUUAUGCUGUGAUAAAGAGAAAACAUUAGCCAACAUUGACGUAGGCUAUCUAAGUGCAGCAUAAUGUGUAAAGAAUAACAAUAUUUAUAACAUUCGAAUGACUUAAUUCCAACGAUAAUAAUAAUGAUUCAAUGUGAAUCGGUUAUUUUUAAGACAAUUAUGCAAACUAAGAGCAUCUUUUACGCAUGUAAAUCAAUGAGAUUGAAAAAGAGUGACAGAACAGUGAACAAAUCUACAGAUUUGGCGAAAACCAGCUGUGAGCUAUGAUUCAUUUUACCCGUUUUCUUCGAAAACGAUAGACUUGAAGGCGAUGCACAGAAGUUGGACGAGGUGUGAUGUGUGGGUGAGAUUAUCUUUUUUAUCCGUACUCGUAUAGGUAUCUCUAAAUCGAACACUGAGUUUUUCUUAGUUAGUGCAAUAGACUUGUCAAGCCGCACAAAACAAUGAAAAAGUUUUUCUGUUCGGUGUUUAAUAAGCUAAUAUUUCCCUGAUGCUACGAGCUGACUUUACUUGCCUUAUUUUUAUAUAGACUGAAGGCGAAUUCUGGAUUGGCGGUUUGGUCACAAUUGUUCUGAUUGUACUCGUCUCCCAAGCAUACGCCUUCAGUACAAAAUUCAUCGCACAGUAUCCAGCAGAA